UCGCGUCCUCAACCAUUAGUCCAUAACCUCUACCAAUUGACAGACGUCACGAACUUCAAAUGUCAUUCCAUCUCUUAUUACUAUCGCAUUUGUGGAUCAUAGUUUCAAAUCUCUAACUCAAGAAGUGUUAUAUUUAUCGAAAACUUUAAAUGCAGGAGUGAUAUGGUAACUUAAAUAGUGAUGUGGUGAUUUGUGGACACCACAAAAUAAAUGAAAUGAGGGCUGUAAUUCUAGCUGCUGGAUAUGGAACUAGGUUUGAGUGUGAUUUGAAGAAUGACUCAACAGGCUGUUAUACUCAUCUUAUGGGAGUUCCAAAACCUCUGUUGCCUAUUGGACAGAAGCCCCUUAUUAGUCACUGGAUGGAAAUUUUUGAAGGAGUGCCUGGAAUAACUAGUAUAGUUGUAGUGGUCAAUGGCCUACACAAAAAUAAGUAUGACGAAUGGUCUAGAAGUUUGGAAAGAAGAGUUACAAUUAUCAAUGAAGGAUCGCAGUGCAAUGAAGAGCGAUCGGGAGCCAUAUCUUGCAUGCAGAUAGGUGUCCAGGAAUACACUGAAGAUGUAUUAUUUGUUGCUGGGGAUACUCUGCUAAAGGAAGACUUUAGUCUGCAGUUGAUGAGAUCCAAAUUCAAUAGCUUAAAAAAACUGCAUGAUGAAUGCUGUUUGAUUGUGAGUGCUCCUGUUCUGGAGGAAAAUGUAUCAAAGCAUGGUAUCAUAGAAGUUGAUGACAAUUGUUGCGUGACAGGCUUCAUUGAAAAACCUUUACCUACAGAAACACAAUCAAGAUUGCAGUCUCCAUGUAUAUAUAUGAUGUCAGGAGCAAGCAUUCAUCACAUACAGACAUUUUUGAAGGAGAGAGAAGACCAGCCUCUGCAUACCCGUGAUGCAACAGGGCUAUUUGUAGCUGAUCUGAUAAAAAGAAUUCCAGUAUAUGCCUAUCACAUUGAAGGUCGUUACGAUGUUGGUGGCUUGCAGUCCUAUAUUCAAUGUCAUGAAGAUUUCCUUAAGAAAUGCCAGUAAGAAUAUUUUUUACUACAGUAUAAAAGACAAUUUUGUUGACUAAUUUAGCUUCUUUUUUUCUAUAACUAACAGUUGGGUUUGGUCUCAAACAAUACUACUUAUUAACCCUUAAACGCUGAAGCGGUAUUUUAAAAAUCGUCUCCCGUAUGCCGGCGGCGUUCGCGAGUGAGCGCCGAAGCUGAAAAAAUGUUUUUUU